AUGUUGUCCAACCUUGCAUUCAAGCAGAUCUCUAAGAGAGGUUUGGGAUUGAAGUCUAUUGCACCUAGAUUUCUUUCUUCCACCUCCACCGCUUUGAAGUCCACUUAUGACUCUCCAGACUUCUCGAACUACCUGAACAGCAACAAGGGCUCCUCUGACAAGAGCAGAGACUUCACAUACUUCAUGGUUGGUUCUUUCGGUGUGCUAGGUGCAGCUUCUGCCAAGUCGACCGUUGAGUCUUUCCUCUCUACCAUGUCUGCUUCUGCUGAUAUCUUGGCCAUGGCCAAGGUUGAAGUCAAGCUUUCUGCCAUCCCAGAAGGUAAGAACGUCAUUGUCAAAUGGCAAGGUAAGCCUGUUUUCAUCAGACAUAGAACCUCUGGUGAGAUCGAGGAGGCAAAUGAAGUUGAUAUCUCUACCCUUAGAGACCCACAGAACGAUGCUGACCGUGUCAAGAACCCAGAGUGGUUGAUCAUGUUGGGUAUUUGCACCCAUUUGGGUUGUGUCCCAAUUGGUGAGGCUGGUGAUUUCGGUGGUUGGUUCUGUCCAUGUCACGGUUCCCAUUACGAUAUCUCCGGAAGAAUUAGAAGAGGCCCAGCUCCAUUGAACUUGGAGAUCCCAGAGUAUGAGUUCAGUGAUCCAGACACCCUGGUUGUUGGUUAA